CCAGAAUCAAGAUGUAACAUUCUCAUGAUCCCUAAAGAGUGGAAAGGUAUUGCCAGCUCACUGCAAAAUGCUGAUGAAGGUGUUCCAGGGGAAGUAAACACCCCAGUUGUUUUAAUAUGUGGUGGAAAAGAUGUGGGAAAGUCAACAUUUGCAAGAUAUCUCACAAACUUUCUUCUAAAUAGUCACAAGGAAAUUUAUUUUCUUGAGUGUGACGUAGGGCAAACAGAAUUCACUCCACCUGGUUUGAUUUCACUUCAUAAAGUUGGUACUCCUUUAUUUGGUCCUCCCUUCACUCAUCUCAGACAACCCGAGAGGUCUGUGUUUUUCGGAGACAAUUCUUCUAAAGAUAGGCCAGAGUUGUACGUGCGCUGUAUUCACGAUGUGUACAAGACAUACGCUGACCACUACAGGGGCAAGAUUCCUCUGAUUGUUAACACACAGGGCUGGGUGAUAGGGAUGGGAGUUAAUAUACUGCUAGACGUGAUUCGGAUGGUGAAACCUUCGCAUAUCAUCCAGUUAAAUUACACAUCAGAAGAAAGUGUCAACAAGAACUUGCCAGCCAUAACAGACGAAUUCUUAAUGAACACACCUGGAUGGGCGUUCGCAGAUGAUGCUGAUGAUGAAAUCGAAAGUGUCCAUAAGGAUCAGAGCGACGGAACUGUGGACGUUGACGCGAAUGAGCGGAGAAGUUGUAGUGUGUCGUCCAAACCUGUUGUGUUGCAAAUAGAUAGCACGUCUGAAUCAAAAGGGCCGAAUCCAACAACAUCAAAAUUCAGCCCUAGGGAUCAACGCAGUUUGGCAUUGUUGGCCUAUUUCAGUCGGACAAUAACGAACAACGCAAUAGCCGAAGCUCGCGAAGUUCCGCCGGCUGUUAAUGUGGCAUCUUUGAUGUCGUGCAUCCCUUAUCAAGUUCCUUGGAACAUUUUGGCCAUACAUGUCAUUCAUUCAGAGGUUCCUUGGAAUCAAAGUCUCUUCUCAAUAAAUGCGAGUGUUGUGGGACUGGCCAAGAUGAAAUCAGACGAGAUGCACCGCAUUGGGGAUGAUAAUAGCACACCAUACUUCGUGGAAAAAAGUCCAGUUGCAGAAUGCAUUGGUCUUGGUAGGCAUAACCUCUUUUAA